GGAAUCUAACAGCAGAGCGGACCCCAUGCUGAUGUUCGCAUCGUUCCCGCUGCAGCUGCUGCUGCUACCUGUCGCCCUCCGUAGCCCUGCUUCUGCCCGAGGCGCUCCGUGAACCCCCCAAUCAAGUAUCCUUUACUUCCGUACUGCGAUGCCCCGCUGCGCGGCCGCGCUCCUGCUCCUGGCGCUCCCGCGCGCCCUGGGGCUCCAGGUCCAGGAGGGCGCGGAUCCGGAUCCGGAGCAGGCCCGGGAGGACGAGCUGAAGUACUCGACGGUCACCGGGCCGGCCUCGGGCGACCCGAAGAUCUUGGGACUGUACGGCAAGCGCUUCCAGAUCCACCGCCCGGGAGAUCACGCGCUGCUGGUUGUGCCCAACGCCAAGAAGCGCCACGGCAGCCUGCUGGAGGUGUCGGCGCUUGUGAAGGAGCUGGAGAUCGGGGACCCGUGCCUGCUGUUCAUCAAGAAGAUCACCCUGACCGGCAGCUGGCUCGGCGGCACGACCGUGCAGGUGCGCGCGCAGGGCACCAGCUCCGACUUCGCGCUGAAGGUGGACCCGAAGAAGCACGACAGCCCCUGGAAGCCCUUCAAGAACAUGACCGGGUGGGAGCAGUUCAUCCACAAGGACGAGGGCUCCGGCAUGGUCACCACGGUCAAGGGCGUGAUCGGCAGGCGCGAGGGCCACAGCGAGGACAUCAAGGGGCCCUUCGAGCACCGCUUCCUGUUCCGCGUGGGCACGGAGGACCAGAAGGCCAGGAAGCUCGAGAUCGACGUCGCGAUGCCGAAGCCCGGGCGCCAGUACCUGACCGUCAAGGUGGCACACGUGAAGGGUCUCGGCGAGGAGAGGAGCAAGAGCCUGCAGGGCCUCCUGGGGCUCGACAGCAAGGCAGUGACCAAGUCCUACGAGACCCACCAGAAGAGCCUGGAAGUCCGCGAUGAGUGCAAGGACUCGGCCACCGGGACCAAGGCGUCCGAGCUGCUGGCACUGUCUGGCGGCCUCUCCCGCGCCAUCGCCCACUGGGAGUGAGCGCGGCUGCUUCGGGCUGCACGACGCCAUUUUGCAAGCGCAUGGAGCAAAAACGAUGCGCAACCUUCGGGGUGCAAUCCAUAGGUUGCAAUUCGUGUUGCUCUUUAUGGAGCGCAAUCCAUGGGAUGCAACGUACGGUGCACAGAUUCUGGGGGCAACCCGUGGGGUACAUUUGAAUGUCUGCGCGUUAAUUUUCAAGAACGGGGGAUCAUCUACGGGAUGCCGUGCAUGGCCCUGUGCGGACGGCACCAUCCCCAAGGGUGGGACCCCACGGGUGAGACCCGUGUGCGUUCUACAGUCGCGUUUGAUUAGUAAGUCGACCCUUCUAAAUUAAGGGUGCUCUUGUGUCCUGCGUUUCACGCCCACGACGUCUGCAUUCCUGCUGCAAUGUGGCCCUUGAAUGGGUAUUGUGUCCUCUGGCGCUCUGGCGUGUCCCUUCCAUUUAGACACGAUUGCAUCCUCUACUGACUAGAGGCUCUCCACUCUUGGCCCACCAGUCUCUACCUUAUACUCUCUGCUGUCCUGCUAUUUGCGC